AUGACAGACGCGGCAGCUCAGGAGGAAGAAAUGCAUGCUGGCCGUGAUGGCGAGCAGCAGCAGCCGCCGCCCACCGGGGGACGUCCGCCGCCACCGUCGCCACCGCCGUCGCCGCCGCCGUCUCUGCCGCCGUCGCCGCCGGGAACCAACCGGAACAUUUACGGAGGGCACAAACGCAUUGGGGGGAGGCCGGCAGAGGCGCUGCGGAGUCACUCAGCGUCGUUGUCGGUUGGCGUUCCGCGACUCUUGUUGAUACCAAAGAAUGGCAAGGGGGCUGUGUUGGAGAGACUGAAGGUAAGGGCCGCCUCGGAAAGGGCUCAGGGGAAUGGAUUGGGCGAGGCGUUGGCGCUACCGCAACGGCAACACCCUCGUAGGGGCUCGGCAAAGCGUGGGAGUGGUCCUUACUGCUGUCAGAAACCUGGAGCCUACGGAAAGCUUAUUCGUGAGACGGCGAGGGAGCUUGCGAUGCGGCCCCUCAGCUGCCGACAAACGCCUGAGAUCGCGUCGCAGUCUAAUUCUCCGCAAAAGAAGGAUAGCAACCACCCACGAACGAAAUGCUCUUCUACGCCUUGCCCCGAUCCUCCUGCCGCCAUUCCGUCUUCGGUCUCCGCGGGAGGCAGUGCAUCGCGCGAACGCCGUCAACGCAAUGUGGCCGUGAUCAGAGGUAACUCCGAGGAAGGUAGUAAAACCGCGGCGACGGGAAGCCUUAACUGGGAGCUGCUAUCCUCGUCUUCCUGCGGUCUUCGUCGCGUGGUGCGGCAGCCGGGUCCCCUUGUUUGUGGCAGGGAGCGGGCCUCUGUCCCAGCCAUCGAGCACAGGAGACGGAGUGCGGGUCGUGGUCGUUUGAUAGUCUUUCAUGACGUAUUUUGGAAGCGUGAACGCAAGAGCCGGUGGCCGCUGCCAAAUGGGGAGGGGAUGGGCGCCACAUUGGCGUGCGUCCCGCAGCUGGUGUCUAAGGCACCGGAGCUGCCUGCGGCGCUUGAGCUCGCCCUUGUUGAUCACUACCUCGGGGUGCUCCUGACGUGCCCACAGGCAGAGGUGGAACGCGUCGUCGCAGCGCUUGCGCCGCUGGAGCCCGCUGAGGUGGUGCGGCAUCUGCGGCAGACGUGUGGCAGUUGCCGUCACUUCAGCAUGCGGCUAUCUGUGUCAGGCCGAGCAAAGCAGCGACCGAGCACCGCGCGGGAGGAGUGGGUGAUGAAGCACCGGCGUCAUGGACUCGGAAGUACCCUCGCUCUUCUUCAAAGCCCUGCCACGGCGAGUGAUGCAAACGCGUCUGCCAACCCUGUCCCAAGUGAGAUGCAGCACUUUUUGAAGCGCUUCUCGCGGGAGGUGUGCAUGACGUUUAUGGAUGAGUCGUGCUCCGCGUGUGCGCGGCGGCGGGAGCGCGCAAGGGCGGAUCAGCCGCAAGAGGCCAAAACGCGGGGUGUACCAAUCCCAGCAAACGUCUUGAACUUUCUCUACACGCAGGUUGUGCAGCAGCUGCUCUUCCAGAUUCUUGGGUGGAACGAAAAGGAGGCCGCGCGGGUGGUGCCGGCGGUGGUGCGGCAAAUAAACCAAUACCUCUCCUCGUCACGUCACAGUGUGACUCUGCAGAUGUGA